CAUUCUUAUGUCUCGACUCUACAGGAGCCGUCGUAUACACCACCUAUCCAAGACUGACGUUUUAGUUAUCAUGUGGCAAAGCAACUCGCAGAACAAGGAGACUAAACGGACAGCUGACGUCGCCUGUCACUCAUGUCGAAAACGGAAAGUUAAAUGCGAUCGCGAGCAACCAUGCUGUCAAGUUUGUAUCGAAACAGGACAAUAUUGCGAGUAUCCAGAAAGAGUACUCAAACCAGGACCAAAGAUCGGCUCACUACAGCGCCGUGGACGCAGAUACAGAGAUCGAUGCCAAUCCAAGGCCUCGGACCAACAGAACAGAAGCAACGGUUCUGCAUCCCCCAUAGAUCAAAACGGGAUGGAGAGGUCUAUCGUAGUCGAUGUGAGCCAUUCUGAGCGUCGACAGAGCUUUGCAAGCAGUUCGUCACGUCGCAAAUCAGACGCCCAAGAUCAAAACGCAGGUCGCAAGGGUUCAAAGCUGAAUAUUCAUGACCUUUCGUUCAUCUUACAUCCUUCUCAUGAAGUCACGACGCCGGAUGAAGAACCGCUGACGGCCAUGUCGGCCGAGUCUGCCGAUAUUGAUAACCAGAGAUUAUUCCAAUCGGCGUGCCAAUGUCUUGGACUAUCCAAGCAGUCAGUUGAAAAGAUGGUGCGCAUUUACUUCGACAACAUGGUCGCCAUUAACAUUUUCCAUGAACCAACCUUUAUCCAGGCCUUGCAUGCCAUCACCUCAGAAUCUCAUCUGAUAGCCUUGAUGGCUGCUAUAUGCGCAUACUCUGUACGCUUCAUCCCAUUCGAAGCCGACACGGAACUUGAACAAGAACUGUCAUGGGGCCGUGCCGACCAGAAAACGCCAACUACGUUCCUCAACCUUUCAUCACAGCAGAUCGACAAGGCCCUGAAUGAGUGUACUGACGACCCCCCGCCACUCUGCGUUCUGCAAGCCCUCAUCGUUACAACUCACUGUCAGCUGACACAAGGUGUUCGAGGAAGAGCAUGGCGUGCACUAGGAACAUGCGUGAGGCUAGCAUACGAGCUUAACCUUCAUCUGCUAGACUCAAGGUACGCCGUUGAGCAAUACGACCACAACACCCAGCGGUGGUGCGAAGAUGAGGAGAAGCGUCGUGCGUGGUGGGCGAUAUGGGAGAUGGAUGUGUUUGCGAGCACUAUUCGUCGCACACCAACUGCCAUAAGCUGGUCCCAGAUGGAAGUAUUACUCCCUGCGCCCGAUGCCAACUGGUACCAGGAUACCCCUGUGGGGAGUUGCUUCCUGGAACAGGAGCCAGGCCAGCGGUGGAAAGCUCUGCAGGAGAGUGGAAAUGUCUCACCAAAGGCUUGGUUCAUUGUAAUCAACUCUCUGAUGAAGGAUGCUCAAGUUAUAUCUUGCCCUCGAGGUGUGCCCUCGGUUACACGACCGGGCCAGAGCUGGCAGCAGACUGCAAAGGGUGAGGGGAGGCGAAGCAUCUCUUACCAAGCUGAGAGCAGCGAGGAGUCUCGGCAGAAGCUGGAGACCUUGGCCAACUCGGUAUACUGUCUUGUUCGGGUGCUGCCUGAGAAUCUUCGCUACCGCCAACAACAUCUGUCGUUCAGCCCACGCCUACCAGGCCAGGUUGAGUCAUCCCGACAGUUGCACUGCUCUAUCUACAACAUCUACGUCAUGACGCAGUUGGCGCGACUCAUGAUCCAUCGAUAUGAUGUCUUCGGUAGCCAAGCUAAGCCCGCACAACCUCCAGCCAUGAGCGCCCCGUGCAAACUAGGGUUCGCCUCUUUCCAGGACCAGGAAAGCCCUGCCCUCAGAGAGUAUUUUGAAUCAGCCGACAAUGUCCUCUCGAUAGUCAACAGGAGCUGCGAAGACCACAUUCGUCAUAUCAACCCUUUUCUGCCCAGCACGAUUUGGUUGGCGGCUGCCGUUCAAAUGGUUCGGAAGCAGUUCGGAGGUCCAUCGACUUACAAUUCACUAAUCAAGGCUCGCUUUGAUGUUUUGUACCUCACGUACAAGCAAUGUGUUAGCUUUUGGGGCAUCCAGACUGCCAUGCAGCAGAACCUUGAGACUAUUGAAGCACAGCUGGAAGACUUUAACGGUAAGCCUACGAGAAGCUUCCCAGGCACGGCUACACAACCUGCAUGGUCUGGUGUCAGCAAUGCUGCGCAGCGAUGGAUAUCGCCCUUGGACACAUCUGAUGGAAGCAAAGUAGCUUGCCGCGCCUCCAACGAUCAGAAUUACACCCACCAAGCACAAUCAAAUGAAAUGCAGAAACCUCUUGGAACUGGCGACACUGAAGGGCUCGGCAACGGCAAAGGCAUACAAAGCCCAGGCGCCCUACCCAAGACUCCUCCAGCAAGCGACCAUGGGGAGCAGCUCACGCGCAGCAUAAUGCAAGGGACCACAAACAUGGCUCAGUCUAUGGAUCAAAUCGUACGAGAUCCAAUGAAUGUUGCAUUUGCCCCUGAUGUUGACGAUGGUAUGGCAAGUAUGCCAAUGCUAGAGUUUAUGCUCAUGCCACCACAGGCAAACUCCGAGAUGCAUGAUAUGGGGGAUAGUACAAUGAUGGAUGUGUGGAAGGAUAUGGAGCUUCCGAGCGAUAUUCGUGACUUGUUAUCUGGAUUCUCGACUUAUUGACAGCUUUUGCUAUCUUCCUGUGGCUGGGCUGGUAUAUAUAUAAGUGUGUUAAAUACUGACAGUCAAAUGAACAUCGAUUCCUCUGCGUAAGGAUUUGAAACAUGAAACUCCCGACGCUAUCGCCUUCAAGCUGAGCCAAUGUUGUAGCGUCGAGACAGAAAUGAAAACA